UCAGCAGCGCGGGGGCGCGGCCGGCAGCGCGGGGAAGAUGGCGGAGGGCGGCGCGGGGAAGCGGCCCAGGGGCGCGCAGGUUGAGGACAGGAAGGUGGACUGGCGGCGCUGGAAGCAGGAGAGGAAAGCAGAGACGAAGAAAUGGAAGGAAAUGAAGCUGCUGAAGAAACUGGACAAACAGCGGAUGCGAGAGCUGGCAGAACAGCAAGCCCAGACGCAGGAGGAGCAGAAGGAGGACAGAGGUGAGACCCGGGUGGAAACAACCACUGCACUAGAGAUCUUUCUUAAGAGAAAACCAGUGAUUAAAGCUAAGAAAGAGAAGUUGCUUUUCCCCCACCCCGCGUGCACACUGGCACUGUGCCAGAGCCAGUCCACGACUCUCUGGUGCCUCUCCCCAGGCCAGCAGCACACGCUGAGCGUGGCCCUGCCCGGCUCCAUCCUGAACAACGCGCAGUCGCCGGCGCUGCGCUCGUACCUGGCCGGGCAGAUCGCGCGCGCCUGCGCCAUCUUCCGCGUGCACGAGGUCGUGGUGUUCGACGAGCACGGCGAGGACGUGAGGAGCGUGGAGGGGGAUUUUGAAGGAGUUGGGAAGAAAGGCAAGGCUUGUGUGCAGCUGGCUCGGAUCCUGCAGUACUUGGAGUGCCCUCAGUACUUGAGGAAAUCCUUUUUUCCAAAACACGAGGAUCUGCAGUUUGCAGGGCUGCUGAACCCCCUGGACAGCCCCCACCACAUGCGCAUGGACGAGGACUCGGAGUACCGGGAGGGCGUCGUGCUGGACCGGCCGUCGAAGCCAGGCAGAGGCUCUUUUGUUAACUGUGGGAUGAGGAAGGAGGUGCAGAUUGACAAACAGCUGAACCCUGGUCUGCGAGUCACCGUGCGCCUGCAGGAGCCCCAGAAUCCAGAAGCCAAAGUGCGGAAGGGCACCGUGGUGUCCUCACAGCACCCCUGGACAGUCUCGGGCUUGUACUGGGGUUACAGCGUCCGCCUGGCCUCCUGCUUGAGUGCUGUCUUUUCCGAGUGCCCAUUCAAGGAAGGUUAUGAUCUCUCUAUUGGGACCUCAGAGCGGGGCAGCUCCGUGGACCAGGUCACUCUGCCCUCCUUCAGGCAUGCCCUUGUUGUAUUUGGAGGCCUUGAGGGCUUGGAAGCUGGGGUUGAUGUGGACCCAAACCUGGAGGUCACCGACCCAAGUGUCUUGUUUGACUUCUACCUGAACACAUGUCCCAGCCAAGGCAGCAGAACCAUCAGGACAGAGGAAGCACUGCUGAUCUCUCUGUCUGCACUGAGACCACACAUUGAGGAGGCUGUGAAGACACCCAAAGACAGCUGAGGAAACGGAAACCACUGACCUUGCCCUUGGGGAGGCAGCUCUUCAAAUGUGCUGGGCAAGUACUCCAGGAGCUUGGAGGGACCAAGGCUGGAGUGACUGGAGCUGGCAGCAGUGCCCAGCUGUGGGGACCCAGGUCAAAGAGUGACACUCCUCUGAACACAGUGGUCUCACACAUAAGCAGUUGCACGCACAUGUCAAUGACACAGGUUAUACUGGUGUCACCCAGUUCAGCUGCCCUUUUUUCCAUAUACUUACUCCCUUGGCCCUUGGAUCCCCCCCUUCCCCCCCCCCUUUUAAAACCCUGUGUCCUCAGCCCCAUUUUGUCUUUGUCCCUGGACUCUUCAUGGCAAUAAACUGUGUUUGGAACUCUAAA